AUGGGUGUCUGUGCAUCUUCCCAAUACUACACAAGCAAAGAAUAUGGGAGCCUAAAUUGGCCACACACAACCAAGAUAAUUCACCUAGAUGGAAGUCUACAAGAACUAAGGCACACAGUGAAAGCAUCCCAAAUCCUGACCCAGAAUCCAAACACUUUCCUUUGCAGCUCAGAAUCUAUGUACAUCGACAAAUUGGCCACUCAAAUUCCUUCGGAAGAAGAUCUGCAACUGGGUCAGAUUUACUUUCUCAUUCCAAUUUCUCAGUCAAAAGCACCAUUUUCUCUGCAGGAUUUGUGUUCUCUAGCAAUCAAAGCCAGCACAGCUCUUUCCCUAGCCAAGAAGAGAUCUGCAGGGACUUUACCAGUAAAGGGUUUUGGUCACUUUCGGGCUGAGUCUGAGGCUCAGACUCCGGGAUGCCGAAAAGUUUCCAUUGAGCUUUGA